GGAAAUUGUCAGCAGUGUUUUUGUUGCUAGUGGGGACUGUUGUGUUGUGAAAAUGGCGACGCCUCGUCGCUCCUCUCAGCAGCAGCCAAAUUCCUUGCUGUCCUCUCCACCCCGCGUCUCCUCUCUCCCUGUCACCCCGCCUGGCUCUCCGCCUGCACCCAUCGAGGAUGCCACCCCGCUUUCCCGCGGAGCCGCGGACAUGGCUGACGGUGAAGCAACCCCUGCCUCUCCCACCACCACCUCCCCAGCUCCGGCCCUCACCACCACCACCAGCAGUAGCAGUAGCAGCAGCAGCACUAGCAGCAGUGCUAGCUCCCCGACCACCACCGAGGGGAGCGGGACCAGCCCCGGCUCCACGCCCGACUCAGGCAGCGGUGACGCGUGCAGCAGCAGCAGCGGCGGCGGCGGUGGUGGUGCAAACGGGACUUUCAGGGAGCUGUUCGAAGCCUGUCGAAACGGGGAUGUUUCACGGGUGAAGAAAGUCGUGGAUGCGGUCAAUGUAAACGCCAAAGACAUGGCAGGACGGAAAUCGACACCCCUGCAUUUCGCUGCAGGUUUCGGGCGGAAAGAUGUGGUGGACCACCUGCUUCAGACAGGCGCUAACGUGCACGCACGGGAUGAUGGGGGUCUGAUCCCGCUUCACAACGCCUGCUCGUUUGGUCACUCCGAGGUGGUGUCCUUGCUGCUGUGUCAGGGGGCCGACCCCAACGCUCGAGACAACUGGAACUACACGCCGCUUCAUGAAUCCGCCAUCAAGGGCAAGAUAGACGUCUGUAUAGUGUUACUGCAGCAUGGUGCCGACCCCAACAUCCGCAACACCGAUGGCAAGUCGGCCCUGGACCUGGCUGAGCCCUCCGCCAAGGCCGUGCUCACAGGUGAAUACAAGAAGGAUGAGCUGCUGGAGGCGGCAAGGAGUGGAAACGAGGAGAAGCUAAUGGCCUUGCUCACGCCGCUCAACGUCAACUGCCACGCGAGCGACGGCCGCAAGUCCACUCCCCUCCACCUGGCAGCAGGAUACAACAGGGUGAGGAUAGUUCAGCUGUUACUACAGCAUGGAGCAGAUGUUCACGCCAAGGACAAGGGUGGUUUGGUGCCUCUACAUAACGCGUGCUCUUAUGGACACUAUGAAGUUACUGAGCUGCUGCUAAAGCAUGGAGCAUGUGUGAACGCCAUGGAUCUGUGGCAGUUCACCCCACUCCAUGAAGCGGCGUCUAAAAACAGAGUAGAAGUCUGCUCUCUGCUGCUGAGCCACGGGGCUGACCCGACCCUGCUCAACUGCCACAGCAAGAGCUCGGUAGACAUGGCCCCCACUCCUGAGCUAAAGGAGAGACUUACAUAUGAGUUUAAGGGCCACUCGCUGCUUCAAGCUGCUCGCGAAGCUGACAUGACCAAGGCUAAGAAGACCCUGGCACUGGAGAUCAUUAACUUCAAACACCCUCACACCCACGAGACCGCGUUGCAUUGUGCGGUAGCAUCGCCGCACCCCAAGAGGAAACAGGUGACGGAGCUGCUGUUGAGGAAAGGCGCCAACGUAAACGAGAAAAAUAAAGAUUUCAUGACCGCUCUCCAUGUAGCAGCAGAACGUGCUCAUAAUGACAUCAUGGAGGUGCUACAGAAACAUGGGGCCAAGGUGAACGCCCUGGACACGCUGGGUCAGACGGCUUUGCACCGUGCAGCAAUGGCAGGCCACCUUCAGACCUGCAGGCUGUUGCUAGGAUAUGGGGCAGACGCCUCGCUGGUGUCACUGCAGGGAUUCACUGCUGCUCAAAUGGGAAAUGAAGCUGUUCAGCAAAUACUCAACGAGAACGUCCCGGUGAGAAACUCAGAUGUGGACUACAGACUUCUGGAAGCUGCUAAAGCCGGAGACCUGGACACUGUCCAGUCCUUGUGCACGGCUCAGAAUGUGAAUUGCAGAGAUCUGGAGGGGCGACACUCCACUCCCCUUCACUUUGCUGCUGGUUACAACAGAGUGUCAGUGGUGGAGUACCUGCUGCACCACGGGGCCGACGUGCAUGCCAAGGACAAAGGUGGUCUGGUUCCCCUCCAUAACGCCUGUUCGUACGGUCACUACGAGGUGGCCGAGCUGCUAGUCAGACACGGAGCCUCGGUCAACGUGGCCGACCUGUGGAAGUUCACGCCGCUCCAUGAAGCCGCUGCUAAGGGCAAAUAUGAGAUCUGCAAACUGCUUCUCAAGCACGGAGCAGACCCCACCAAGAAGAACCGAGAUGGUAACACGCCUCUGGACCUGGUGAAGGAUGGGGACACCGACAUCCAGGAUCUGCUGAGAGGAGAUGCCGCGUUGCUAGAUGCCGCUAAGAAAGGCUGCCUGGCUCGGGUGCAGAAGUUAUGUAGCCCCGACAACAUUAACUGUCGGGAUACGCAGGGACGCAACUCAACACCUCUGCACCUUGCAGCCGGCUAUAACAACUUGGAGGUAGCAGAGUAUCUGUUGGAACAUGGAGCCGACGUGAAUGCACAGGACAAAGGAGGGCUGAUACCUUUACACAAUGCUGCUUCAUACGGGCACGUGGACAUCGCUGCCCUGCUGAUCAAGUACAACACGUGUGUCAACGCCACAGACAAGUGGGCGUUUACUCCCCUCCACGAGGCGGCUCAGAAGGGGCGGACUCAGCUCUGUGCUCUGCUAUUGGCCCAUGGAGCCGAUCCCACCAUGAAGAACCAGGAGGGCCAGACGCCGCUGGACUUGGCAACGGCUGAUGACAUCAGAGCAUUGUUGAUUGACGCCAUGCCGCCAGAUGCCCUGCCAAGCUGUUUAAAACCCCAGGCCACUGUGGUAAGUGCAAGUGUGGUGAGUACAGGUGCGGCAGGGGGGGUGGUCAUCUCUCCCUCUCCAUCCCCAUCCUGCCUGUCCGCAGCCAGCAGCAUAGACAACCUGACCGCGCCCCUCAGUGACAUCACUGUGGGCGGGGCCACUGGACCAGCAGACGGAGCAUCUGGGUCUGACAGGAAGGAAGGAGAAAGUACAUACACUCUGCUCGACAUGACCAUCAACCAGUUUUUGAAGAGCCUAGGGCUGGAACAUCUCCGAGAGACCUUCCAGCGGGAACAGAUUUCGCUGGAUGUGCUGGCAGAUAUGGGUCACGAGGAGCUGAAAGAGAUCGGCAUCAACGCUUACGGCCACAGACACAAACUCAUCAAGGGCAUCGAGAGGCUGCUGGGUGGCCAGCAAGGUGCAAACCCAUAUCUGACGUUCCACUGCUCCAGCCAGGGAACCGUGCUGAUCGACCUGGCACUGGACGACAAGGAGUUCCAGUCUGUGGAGGAGGAACUACAGAGCACUAUCAGAGAGCACCGCGAUGGAGGCAAUGCAGGUGGAGUCUUCAGCCGGUACAACAUCAUUAAGAUUCAGAAGGUGGUGAAUAAGAAGCUUCGGGAGCGAUAUGCACACAGACAAAAGGAAAUUGCAGACGAGAAUCACAACCAUCACAAUGAGCGAAUGCUCUUUCACGGCUCUCCCUUCAUCAAUGCCAUCAUCCACAAGGGCUUUGACGAGCGGCACGCCUACAUCGGCGGCAUGUUUGGAGCCGGGAUCUAUUUUGCGGAGAACUCCUCCAAAAGUAAUCAGUAUGUGUAUGGGAUUGGUGGAGGCACGGGAUGCCCCACCCACAAAGACCGCUCCUGCUAUGUGUGCCACAGGCAGAUGCUGUUCUGCAGAGUGACGCUGGGUAAGUCGUUUCUUCAGUUUAGUGCGAUGAAAAUGGCCCACGCCCCCCCUGGACACCACUCGGUUAUAGGUCGACCCAGCGUCAACGGACUGGCGUAUGCAGAGUACGUCAUCUACAGAGGGGAACAGGCGUACCCAGAAUACUUGAUCACCUACCAGAUUGUGAAGCCGGAGAGUCUGGCCACGCCUGCUACCACACCAGAGCAGAAGUCCUAAAACGCAAUCAUGGCUGGACUGGAAGAAGGCCAGACUGCAGGGGACUAGAGCCAGUCUCUGGAACUAAACUAGAGGGUGUUUUUGAACCUCAGACCCUAACUGAAAGUCUUCAGAGUUGGGUGAGGUGAACUGUUGACCCUCAGAAAUGGACCUGGAUGUGUCUAAACAGGAGAAGAGAAGGAGGAUGAGUUUUGGAGUGUGAUACAUGCCCAGUCCAAAGCAGCAGACAGCAAAAUCUAUCAGUCUUUAAUUAAUUGGGUCUAAUUUUGCAGGCCUCUGGCUCAGUCCUUAGAAAAACAAUCAAGAAAGCAAUUACAACAGAACACAGUCCAAAGGAAAACCAACAUCACUGGUGUCACACCUUUGCACACUGCUCAUGUAAUCUACCCUCAAUUUGUAUGUGUUGUUUUGAUAUUGUGUCCUCUUGGCUUUGUGCAUCAUCCACAUCAGCAAAACACCCUGAGGCCACUUCCAGAAACAGCGAUUGUUGCAAUGAGAAAUCAGAAAUCAAGCACAUUUUAUGUUAUAGCUGGUCACAUUUUUACCAAUGAAACUCAUUUUAACAAUAUACAGCUCUCUGUUCUGACACAUAUGUUCUGCUGUAAACAAAGAAGACAUUCUAAAACAUGUGGGAGCAUGAACAAGUAAAACAGAUUAAAGCGGGCGAAUACCCAGAAGUCAAUGAGCAGAAAAACAAUCCACUGCUGCUACCAGUGCCGGCUGCAGACUUUCCACCCCAGUCCAUACAGGGACCAUCUUCUGCACACACCAGUCAGACCAAACCAGUUCAUGUCAGAGGAACAGCAAAACUGUUUUUUUCUUCUUCUUUUUUUUUAAAAGGCUUUUUUAAGUUUCAAAAUCCAGAUUUUGGGCAGAGCUAAGUUGUGACAAGCAAGCAGAAACUGGAGACACCAGUACAACAUGCCACUAAACAUACCGCUUUUAGGAAAUCAGUUUUUUGCCAAUUAUUUCAAUAUAAUGCUGUGUUUGGACUCUGAAUCUAACAGUCAUACUGUUUAAACUACGUCUUAAAAAGGUCACAUAUUGUAAAAAGCAGGUUGAGGUGCUAUAGAAAUAUUGGUAAAGUCUCAAAACAAGAAAUGCACACAGCCUAUACUCAGCAACUGAGCCUUUAAGAGAGACGUGAGGACUUAACAUACAUUUAAGAUGCCACAAAUACACUAGUAUGAGAAAGAUUGUUUUUUGAACAUUAGUAAAAGUAAACGGGUUCUAGUAGAAACUCAAAAUACAAGUAUGAACCUGAAUAUGAGCAUAUUAUGGGACUUUUUAAAGAUCUUUCACAUUUAACGGUGGUUGCUGCUCGUUUCAGCUCAGCUCGGAUUAAAACUGUCCAAAAUCAAAGUGUGUUACUAGAACCAGGAGGAACACGAGACCAAACUGUGACACUUUCAUAUUGUCGCCAUUGGCCAGAAACCUUGUAUCUCCAUAUUUUGUUAUUUCAAUUUUUGUAUUCAUUUUUCUAUGCUUUUGGUCCCCCUGUCUGUGGAGUGCAGAUAUUUAAACAGACAAUUACCUUGGCAGACAAAAAUUGCUCAAUUAAAAUGUUUGCCUAUUAGCCUUUUAUUUCCUGAAAAGCAACCGUUUUGGACAUACAAGGUUUUCACUCGACAACGACAAUAAGUACAUGUACAAACACUUACAUACAUAAUGUGAAUACCUAAAUGGUGAAUGAUAUUGGAUCUUGUCAAUUGCAGCUAAACAUUCACAUUACAUAACAUUCUCCUACAUCUGGUACAUCUUUUUGUUUUGUGUUUAAUGUCUGUCACGUUGUGUUGAUGUUUACAUGAACCUGCUGCCUUCUCGGCCCUUCCCUCUCUACCUGUAACUUCUAGUGCUCCCUAGUGGUGCAACAGAGGAAUUGCUGGCUUGUAGUAUUACGUUGAAUAGAACAAAUCUACUGUAAACCAGGAAGGCAUUAUGUAGGGAUUCAUUUCUAUAGGGUCUUUUUCUGAGGUCUAUUCCAUUUUUGUUUUUUCCUUGCAUGUUUCUUUAUGUUUUAAUUAUUUUUAGGUCAUUAUACUCCCAAGUUUACACUCCUCAACAUAAGCAAAUGUGGAAAGUGACCCUAGUCUCCGCAUCUUAGCAAGCCAUUCAGCGGGCUGGUCACAGGCUUCAAAAAGAUAUUUAUAUAAACUAGAGAUCUGCAGGUUGACUGAGGAUGAUGGAUAGAAUGGAUAUGUUCUACUGUAAAAAUGCCAUCACAUUUGGUUGUAUUAUUCACCAUCUAUAGUGACAUACACUAACAUGUUCGAUAAACUUCAUAACAGCAAGAUCUAGCAAACUCCUCACACUACGUACGCUUGAAAGUUUUUUGUUUUUUUUAACUAUACUGACCAUGUUUUUCUGUUAUUUUUGUUUUUUUUAAGGACACUGUAUACCACAUGGGACCACUUGUUUUAGUUUCCUUGAGCAGUGCUGAGGUCGUUGAAUGAAAGGGAAAUAACAGUUUUUGAGAAUGUAUAGCCUUAAAAUCACUUGGAAACGUACUAUGACGGAUUUACCCAAAUCAGGCAACAGAUUCAUGAGGCACAUCACAUUGAAAUCUGACAGUUUGAUUUCUUUUUAAUCCGGACUUUGUUAGCACUCCAGUGUCUGCCAGCCAAACUCAGAUUUCAGCAGAUUUGCGCCUUCAAGGUGAAGAUGACGUUGGUCUGAGCCAAGUGCAAACAAACAUUAAAUCCAUGUUAAGUGUGAUCUAAGCCUAAAAUCUCCAUUUGUCCUCAGAGAAACUUAACUGGUAGCUCAAAAUAGCUGCCCCUGAGACUUUUAAACUAAUCUUAUUUCCACGUUUUCCCUCAGUUUUGCAAUAGUUCAGCCCAAUAACAAUGAUGAUAACAAAUUAACUGAGUAGCAGCACAUGUCGGCAAAUUACAAAGCCAGUCAUUGCAGGGAAAUUGGAAAGGAAAUGAAUUGAAAAUUAAAGAGACUGAACAACUGAUGACUAAAGUAAAAUUGAGAACAACUAAUAAGCUUGAAAUUAAAUUGUUAUGGGAAAAAAAGCCUUCAAAAGGGAAAAUGAGAGAUAAAGCAGCGUUUUAUGGCCCGAUGUAAAAGGAUGUUUUAAGACCAAGUGAUUUUACUUGCCUAGAAGACAUGUUUUUCCUCAAUGAAAUUAUUAAGAAUCUGGCAUUUCACAAACUGACUUUAGUCAAAAAGCUCUAAUUGGAUUUUUAAUGAUAUACAUAGCAAAUUUCAGUCCUUUUGUUUUUUGACACCUGUGUUGUCCCUGAUUAGUUAGCCCAAAAGAAAAGAUUUCAGAUCAAGUGGCAGAUGUUGGCCCUCUCAACAUAAAACACAAACUUUGUUUUGAAUAAGACUGUAAAUAAACUAUCCCCAGAUGGGCAUUUUAAUGGUCUAUUAUGGAUAAUUUUGAGUUUAUUUUUGCCUAUAUUUCCUUUGAAAUACUUUGUGAUAACUAUUUGAAAUGUGUUUUGGCUGGCCUGUCUUUAUCUGUCUCAAGGGCCAGUCAGCCAUCUUGUUGUAAAUAGUUUGGAGGGAUGUGUGUGUGUGUGUGUGUGUGUGUUAUCAAUUCAUGCCUCACCUUCUGACAUGCCUUCUACCAAAAGCCAACCGUUAACUAACACAAUUCCUCAUCAGUAAUGUUUGCCCUCCUGUUGUACAGACACACAAAGCUGCCGACCAGCUGACGUGUGGAACACAUACACUCCUCGCUCUUGUACAGAAGAAAAUCUUAAUAAAAGAACUUAAAGUGUA